UUCUCCAUAUGCAAAUCUUGCGACAUCUAAGCCUAGACAAAUGGAGUUACAAUUAAACUUCAAAUUCGAAUCAGUCGAUUCCAAAAUCAUUUGGCUGAUUAUUCAUUGAUAUAAACCAAAGGUUUUUACAUAAAAAGGAAGUAAAUCCAAACAAUUGGGAAUACAUUUAACAAGCUUACUUGAAAUUUACUCCAACUGAAGGCAUUAUAUAUAUGCAAAGUUAUAAGAAAAGGAUUGAAAAAAAGUGGAGGGUAAAGAAAGUAAAAUUCCCAAAGAAUCACAUUAGCACAACUGUCUUCCGGACAGAUGGUCCGACCCCGGUCAAAAUAAGGCGAAAAAAAAUAAAGAUUACUAACAUAACGGUUGAAAGGAUGAUAUUGUUUUCUCUAGUAGCCUCUUCUACCUUGAACCCCUGUAGCUGUGGUAGGCAGAGGAGGAGAGGAAAGGAAAGGAAAGGAAAGGAAAGUUAUAAGUUAAAAGAAAAAAACCCAGACCCCAGAAAAAUCUCUGCCUGUCCCUGAUUCUGACUUGGCUGCCUCUCAAAGCCCACAAAAAGAAAGGGAAUUUGGAAGGUGUAGAGCUUUGGGGCCAAGACGUGUUAACUCAAUAUCUGGUCUGGAGCCACACUCAGCUUCUACCUUCAAUUAUCUUGCACGUGUAUUUUUCCAAUUUGUAAUCACUCUUUCUCUCUUUCAUUGCUUGGAACCGCCCGUUUUCCUUCUUUCAAUCUGCAGUAAUGUUGUUUCCUUGGUUGGUUUUGAUUUUAGGAAAAAGAAGACAAAACCCAAAUUAAAACUCGUUUAAAAAGCUUUGAAUUUAUCUCAUUUUUUGAUGUAGUAAGUCCGUUCCUUUGGAAUUUUGACUAAAUUUCCUUCCUUUUGACCCCCUCCUCUCCAAUCAAAGACAAGCCUUCAUCCUUGUCCUCUUUCUCUCCCUGAUUCGGGUCCAUUUUUUUGGAUCCUGAAUUGAUUUUUGGGAAAAUUACUUCCUUUAGAAAAAAGGGUCUUUUUUAUGUUGUUUGUUUCCAAUUUUAUAGAACAGAUCUCUUCUUGCCAAACCUCCAUGCUAGCUGAAAAGAAGAACAAAAUAGGUGAAAUUUGGUAAGGUAAUUGGAAACGUUGUCGUUUUGGCAUUGUUAUGUCUGGAGCAGCAGGGCAGGGCGUGGAGCAUGUGGGCUUGCCUAAAAUGGAGACAAAAUCCAAACCCGAAUGUUGCAACCCGGUCAAAAAAUCGGGACCUGUCACAAUGGAUCAUGUUCUGUUAGCAUUACGCGAGACCAACGAAGAAAGGAAUUUAAGGAUUCGGAGUUUGUUCAAUUUUUUUGAUGCAGCCAAUGUGGGAUUUUUGUAUUAUGCUCAGAUCGAAAAGGGUCUCUCUGCUUUGCAGAUUCCGGCCGAGUAUAAGUACGCCAAUGAUCUGUUGAAAGUUUGUGAUGCAAACAGAGAUGGGCGCGUGGAUUACCACGAGUUUAAGAGGUAUAUGGAUGAUAAGGAGCUUGAACUUUAUAGGAUUUUUCAAGCUAUUGAUGUGGAGCAUAACGGAUGCAUUUUGCCUGAGGAGCUAUGGGAUGCGCUUGUUAAGGCUGGGAUUCAAAUUGAUGAUGAGGAGCUUGCUCGAUUUGUAGAGCAUGUUGAUAAAGACAAUAAUGGAAUUAUAACAUUUGAAGAAUGGAGAGAUUUCCUUCUACUCUAUCCUCAUGAAGCUACGAUUGAGAACAUCUAUCAUCAUUGGGAAAGGGUUUGCCUUGUAGAUAUUGGAGAACAUGCUGUUAUUCCUCAAGGCAUCAGUAAACAUGUUAAGAGAAGCAAAUAAUUAAAUUAUUAAAAUAAUUAAAUAUUUUAUGUUGACAUUAAAUAAUUAUUAAACUCGACAAUGUCUUUUUCUUUUUGAAAAUUUUCAUUAUCCGGUAAUGUUUAAUUUUCAUCAUGUUUACCAGGAAAAAGUUACUAACACGUAAAUAUCAUUUAAAAAAAAAAAAAGCCAUUUGAGGCAGCGUGGCAUCCAAUUUACAAUCAGAAAGAUACAAAAGCAAAAGUUAUGAUUAUCGUGCAAAAGCGCUCUCAUAAUAAUAAUGGUGAAUUGGUGAUAGCCGUUAAUGAGUUGUUUAUUAGUAUCAGUUCAGAAUCCACUGAUCAAAAUCAAACCUUUAUUCGGUUGACAUGAGUGGUUGACACCGGCUGCCACGUUUCGUGAAUCU